AUGGGUUUCUCAGAGCAUGUUCAAGUUGAACAUAUUGUACAUGCUGAACUUUUAGCUAUUAAAAAAGGACUUGAACUUGCAUGGGACUUAGAAUGCCAUAAAGUCAUUUGUGAAACAGACUCGACAGAAUCUCUCGGUUUAAUAGAAUGGGCAAAUGUAGAUAUUCAUAUGUACAGAGAGGUUAUCAAAGAAAUUCGAGAAAUAUGCAAAAGAGAAUGGGGAAGUCUACAAUUUGUUCAUGUUUUCAGAGAAGGGAAUCAAUGUGCCGACUUUCUUGCGAAGUUUGGAUCUAAAAACCAAUACAAUUGCACAUGGAAUAACCCUUUACCAGUUGCACUUCAGACACAAUUGGAGAAUGAUGCCAUGGGAACCUUUUAUUUUAGAAGCAAAUUGUAA